AGACCUAGCAUUCCCAAUUUGCCCAUCUCUCUGUCUCUCCCAACUUACACCAUUGCCAAUUCUCGCCGAACAAUCGUCUUCGUUCAACUCUCUAGGAAGUCGCGCCUCUUUCUGUUCUUCUUCUGGUGACCCGAGCUUGUUCUGAAUCAAAUUCAAGAGAAACCAGACCAGUGAUUCAGCAGCAUUAGGUAGUGAAGAUGCCCCGUAGGCCGACAAGGCAUAGAGCACUGGUAAAAUCACGUCCUCUGACCUUCUCCAAAUUUUCUCGUCAAGCUGCUAGGGUUGCUUCUGUCUUUACUAUCAAGCGUCAAAUGCAUACCGCCAAAGUCCUUCAAAAAUCACCACCAAAUUCUGCAGUUACUAAAUCAGUCAAGAAUAAUUUGAAAGCAAAGAAUGAAGAGUCGGAAUCUUCAAAAGAAGAAGAGGAGUUUGAUGGAAAUGUUCAAGUAGAUUUUGCAUUCUUUGAUCCGAAAGCUGAUGACUUUCAUGGAGUGAAGACCUUGCUGCAGACCUACCUUGAUGAUAAAGAGUGGGAUUUGAGUGGUUUUGUAGACUUAAUAUUGGAACAGACCACUGUAGGGUCUGUUGUUAAAAUAGAGGAUGACGAAGAUAAUGGAAUUUUUGGUCUUGUUACCGCCCUUAACUUGGGGAGAUACAAGGACCAGAAAUGUAUGACAGAGAUUAAGGAGUUUCUCCUCAAAGUUUCUCAGAAAGAUGUAAUAGAUGACCUGAGUUCACUUUUGGGAAAGGAAGCACAUAGUGUUGGUCUAUUGGUCUCUCAACGUGUGACAAAUUUACCUCCACAGCUCUUGCCACCUCUUUAUGAAGGCCUCUUUAACGAAGUUUCUUGGGCCACAGAAGAUGAGCCAACUGAGGAGCUCAAGAAUUCCUUUCGAUUUAAGUUUUAUAUAAUAGUCACCAAGUCCUACAAGCAAAAAACUGCUGACAAGAAAAGGAAGCAGAAUGUGAAUGAAGAGGCAAUAAUAUAUGUAAAGCCAGAAGAUGAAAUAUAUCACAAGCUCAGCUCCUGGUCCUUCGAAUUUUCUUUGAACACUCCGCAGAUUCCACCUCAUGAGCUAAGAAACUAUCAGCAAACGGGGUUAGUCAUGGCUGUGAAAGCAGACAAGAUCUCUGCAUUCCAACAACAGCUGCAGUCUUUAAUAGAGGAACCUUGAAUCUCACUGAAAGUCCCCAAAUUUUGAUCUCUUUUAGCCGGUGCCUGAAUAAUAGAGAGAGCUAGAGGCAAAUGCAUAUUACAACCUUCACAUGGUGAGGAUCUAAGAACCAUUCAUUUGGUCCCCAAACGGUCCCUUCCCUUCUCAUAAGAUUCAUCGAGAGAAAGUGAAGUCUCUAAUGUAAGGUACAGACAUGUAUGGAGCAGCAACAACGUGUCGUGGACCAUCAUGCUUGCUCUUAUCUUGGAGAUUUUAUAUGAGAACCAAUAAGGAAAAACAUCUGUAUGAGAGAAACGGGGUUGUGAAUUUAUGCAAGAUACCAAAGCCAAAGUACUAUCCCCUUCUAUUAUUUGGUCUUAAAAAUUUUGGUGUGGCGGUAAGAACAAUAAGACUAGGGUUUGUUCUUUUCACGUUGACAAUUUCUUUGAAAUUCCUUGGUCUUUUACAUGCAUAAUUUAGUCGAUGCCUUAUGUCCGAGUCCUCUCGCCCUUUUCUUGUUGUUGGUUUCACUUGCCAAGUGAAAAUGACUGAGCUAUAUUAUUUUACCAUAGCGAGGCCGUACAUUUCGAGCAGUAAAGCAGUAAUUGUGUUGUUUUCAUGUACCAAAGGAUAAGAUCAUGCUCCUUAUCUUCUUCAC